AAGAACAGCGAUGGCGGCGAGACCAAAGCACCUGAAACUUUUCAUUGUAACUUAUUUGCACAUAUCCCUCAUUUUCCUCAAUGUAUUUAUGGACGCUACAGACGUGACUUGGGAUGAAAAUGGAUAUAUUCUGUACUGUCCGUGCAUGGGGCGCUUUGGAAACCAAGUGGAUCACUUUCUUGGAUCACUGGCUUUUGCUAAAAUGCUGAACCGAACUCUCGCGGUUCCGCCGUGGAUUGUUUACCGCCAUCACUCGCCGCCGUUUACUAAUGUGCAUGUCCCAUACAGUGAGUAUUUCCAGCUGGAGCCGCUGAAGCAGUACCACCGUGUGGUGAGUCUGGAGGACUUCAUGGAGCACUUGGCUCCUAAACAUUGGCCUCAUGGUCAGAGAAUCGCCUACUGCUUUGAGUCUGCAGCGCACAGGAGCCAGGACAAAAAGAGCUGUCCCAUGAAGGAUGGAAAUCCUUUUGGUCCGUUCUGGGACCAUAUUGGAGUGGACUUUGACCGAUCUGUUCUUUUUGGAGGUCUUUCAUUUAGCUCCUACUACCAGCCACACUGGAUUAAAAGGUUUCCACCAAAGGAGCAUCCGGUUCUUGCUCUUCCAGGAGCCCCGGCGCAGUUUCCUGUGUUGGAGGAGCACAUUGGUCUGCAGCAGUUUGUGGUUUGGUCUGACAAAAUUGUACAGGAAGGAGAAGGUCACAUCAGAAACCUACUGAACAGACCCUAUGUGGGCAUCCAUCUGAGGAUCGGCUCUGAUUGGCAAAAUGCCUGCAAGCUGUUAAAUGCGGGUGAUACUGGUCCACACUUCAUGGCGUCUCCACAGUGUGUAGGAUAUGACCGUCAGACUGCUCUGCCGCUGACCAUGAACAUGUGUUUACCUGAUCUGACGGAGAUCCGCCGAGCUGUGAAGCUCUGGGUGAAGAACACAGGUGCUCAGUCUGUAUACAUCGCCACAGACUCAGAGUCGCACACCACAGAGAUUCAGAAGCUCUUCAAGAGCAAGGUGAAAGUGGUGAGCUUGCAGCCGGACACUGCUCAGGUCGACCUGUACAUCCUCGGACAGGCUGAUCACUUCAUCGGCAACUGUGUUUCAUCCUUCUCUGCCUUUGUCAAAAGAGAGAGAAACAUUCACGGAAGACCCUCGUCUUUCUUUGGACUGGACUACCCAGAGAAAAAGAAGAGAAACGAAGAACUCUAAUGAAUCUAAGUUGUUACGUUUUGGUAACUGUGAAGAUCCAGUUUGCAUGUUUCUCAUUCGGUUUGGAACAAGACAAUUUGGAAAUACACCUCAAGUACAUAAAGGAAGGGAGAAGAUGAUUCAUAAUGUUGCACUACUAGCUGAGCGAUCAAACCAAUUUCUCCAUUAUAUAUUACUCCAAGUUUCUUCCAGAGACACAUCAGGGUUUAUUGUGGCAUAUCAAUGAUUUAUUUGUACUGGAAUGUUUGUGUAGAAUUUUGAGGGAUAGAAACUGCCCCGUGAGAGUUAAGUAACUAUAGUUUGAAUGGAUAGAAUUAGCACUUUUCAGCUGAAAGGGAUAGUUCACCUAAACAUGUAAAUUCACUCGUCCACAAGUGAUUCAAAGCCUUUAUGAGAUUCUUCUGUAGAACACUAAAGAAGAUAUUUCGAAGAAUGCUGAAAACCUGUAACCAUUUACUUCAUUUCAUAGUAAAAACAAAUACUAUGGAAGUCAAUGAUUACAGGUUUCCAGCUUUCUUCAAAAUAUCUUCUUUUGUGUUUUACAGAAGAAAGAAACUCUGAAAGGUUUGAAAUUAUUAAAAAGUGAGUAAAUGAUGAUCAAAUUUUUUUUUUGGCUGAACUAUCUUUUAUGGCUGUUUAAGCACCAGAUGAUGUUCUGCUCUUGUGGUUUCUAAGAAUGAAGACUGGAAUGUGUCACUAAGUAAUUUUGAAUGUAUCGUAUGCAAACCUUACAAUGUCUUAUAAUAAUGCAGGUUGACUUUUUUUGAAAACAUGAAACCAAAUAGCAGAAAGGUUUUAUUGUUUUAAGCUGUUUGUUAGUAAUUUUGUACAAAUUUAAAUUACAUUCCUCAAGUUCGAUUUUCAUUAAAAAAUAACCAGCAGAA